GCUUGCAUUUCGAUAUGGUUUACUAGUUUUAGCUACCACUGCAUGCACUAGCACUGUGCACUCUGGAAGACAGAUAACUAAAACCUAGUGUAUGCUAUAUAAUAACUAUAGACUAUACUGACAUUUCAUACUCCCAGUCCUCCAGCUAUAGGACAGACACGAUGUUCUCUAAGCGUGGCUCUGUUGUCCUCACCAAGGGCAAGCCACUCAGAGCACGGCAGACCUCCUUGGAGAUUAAAGCAUCAUCCACUGGUGAAUUCAUGAGAGCCGACAAGUUUGAGAAGUCAGAGCAAGGAGGAUCUCGUGCACUCAACUUUAUCUACUGUGCGGCUGCAGUCCAGGGCUUUAGGUCACGGAUACAGGACGAGUACGCCUGUACCCCUAAUAUCGAAAUCAAAGGCAUCCCCUACGCCCACUUUGGAGUAUUUGACGGCCAUGGCGACCAGGGGGAGGUGAUAUCUCAACACUGUGCGGACACCACGCUCAAACUACUCUUGAACAGAAAAGCUCUCAAGCAAUCGAAAGUAGUCACCAACGAACUAUUGGCAGCUAGCGUUCAUAAGACAAUUAUAAAGAUGGACACUGAGUUACGAGGUGUGGUGGGAAUGGAUGGAAAGCCACAGUUCCUGAGUGGAGGGACGACCGCUUGCUUCGUGCUCGUCUCUCAGGAUGACAUCAUGUUUGUCAACGUCGGGGACUCAAGGGCUGUACUGUGUCGUGAUGGAGGUGUGGUCUAUGAGACGAGUGAUCACAAUCCUAACGUCCCCGAGGAAGAGGAGAGGAUCGUUGCCGCGGGAGGCAACGUACACACCACACCCUCUAAACACAAGGUCAUCACUGAUAUUGAGGGCUUCAGCAACCUCUCAGUGUCACGAACCCUAGGAGAUUUUAACUUCAAGCCCCCCUCUACCCUACCCCCUGAGCUACAGGCCGUCACCCCUGCCCCGGAUAUCAACGUGGUGUCUAGAGACCUAGCAACGGAUGAGUUCCUUGUGGUAGCCUCUGACGGCAUCUUCAAGUCCCUCUCUAGUAUACAGGUUGUGCAGUUUGUGCAGCGUCAGUUGAUAAUCACUGAUGACCUGAGCAAGAUCUGCAGGAACCUCAUCGACACUGCAUACUUUGCUGCUGGCAACAUCCCUGACGACACAACUGUGAUACUAGUCAAGUUCCCUGCAGCCCCAUCAGUCUCACAGCAGGCUAUAGCCGAGGAGAAUUUAUUAGACCUGGAGGCAAUGGCAGCCAUCGAAGAAGAGUUAAAAGUGAUGAUAGAUAAAGCUGACUCAAUCAGGGCAGUGGAUAAUGACUUCAGCAUUUCUCAGAGACUUGUCAAGAAACUACCAGAAAAAUAUCGAGUUCAACAAAGAAUUGACUUCAUCACCGAGACUGCUACUAGAUUAAGGAGUGAGAAGUUUGAGGGGAAAAGCGGAGACAAUCCUCGGACCAUGCCACUAGUUACAACAACCAAUGAAAAUGCAAGCAGCUCAGAAAAAGACCAUCAAGCCGUCAUAGCAAUGAGCAGUGAAGACUCUGAACAUAAUCCCAGUACCGAGUGUGUUGCCAAUGGUGACGGACAGUCUGAGAGUCCCAAGGUUUUUGAGAAAACGGCGUGUGUCAAAACCAACAGUGAUGGAGAGACUGCCAAAAGUGAUGAGGUGUUUCCAUUGAACAAUGAGCAGGGAGAGAAAAAUGGAACAUGAUAUUAUACUAUAAUUAUAGUUGUGUGUGUUUUUACUGCAACUGUGUUGUUUUUAAUUAUUGAGUUUAAUAUUGCUAGCGAGAAUGAUAGUCUAUAAUUAUUAUGCAACAGUAAAUGCUGA